AUGGAUAUUAGUCCGAUCAAUUUUGUAUCAUCAGUUGUUGCAGAUUUUGUAUCAUCAGUUUUUGCAGAUUUUGUUAUCUUUGCUGCUCAAAAUUUUUUAUCAUCAGUGAUGUCUGUGUAUGUUAAAAAAAAUUCCAGCAUUCCAGGUCCUUGUUCUGAAGAUGGAAAGAGGCCUUUCCCGUUUCCUUCUUUUCAUCAUCUCUCAAUCUUUCUUUCCUCCACCUUCAAGCAGCCAUUAUUGAAGGAUUUGGAGCAAGUUAAGUUGAAAUUAGAUGUUCCAAAGCUCAUGAAGGAUGCAUCCUUGAAAAUGCUUGAUGAAUUGGUGGACUCCACUUUUCAGUUUAUCAACCAGCCAACUUUGCCUUCUCAGAGAAACUUCCUACCAGUCAAAGAGAUUGGAGAAGAGACAGUGGUGACGAGCAUCGAUGGCGAUAUCCCUGCAGACUUCCCUGAGGGAACAUACAUAAGAAAUGGGCCAAACCCGCUCUUUGGCGCACUGCAAUCAACUGUAUCACCGUUGGGAAAAUCAAGCAACAUUUGGGUUGAAGGAGAUGGCAUGCUUCAUGCCAUCUACUUCUCGAAAAAUAAUAUUAAUGAUACAUUCAUCAUUAGCUACAAGAACCGGUAUGUCGAGUCCGAAACUUUCAAGAUCGAGAAGGAGAAAAGCAGGCCUUGUUUCCUCCCAGCAGUCGAGGGAGACUCCCUCGCCAUCCUCACUGCCUACAUCCUCAAUCAGUUGAGGUUCGGCAAAGUGAACAAGUACAUUAGCAACACCAAUGUCUUUGAACAUUCAGGGAGAUGUUUUUCCAUUGCAGAGAAUCACAUUCCACAAGAGAUAGAUUUGCUUAGCCUUGAUACAUUAAGUAAUUGGGAUGUAAAUGGAGAGUGGAACAGGCCUUUUACUGCUCAUCCAAAGAAAGCUCCAGGAUCUGGAGAACUUAUUAUUACUGGAGCUGAUGCAGUGAAACCUUUCCUUGUUUUAGGAGUUAUUUCAGCUGAUGGGAAGAGGUUGGCACAUAAGGUUGAUGUUGAAUUAGAGAGGAGCAUUCUCUGCCAUGAUAUGGGAGUUACUGAAAGGUAUAAUAUCAUUAUGGACAUGCCGCUCACUAUAAAUAUUCCUAGACUUCUUCAGGGUGGACCAUUGAUCAAGUAUGAGAAAGAAAGUUAUGCAAGAAUCGGAGUGAUGCCGCGUUAUGGAGAUGCCGAAGCAAUCAAAUGGUUUCAAGUUCAACCUUAUUGUAUCUUUCACCUGAUCAAUUGUUAUGAAGAUGGAGAUGAGGUAGUUGUGCGGGGAUGUCGAGCAGAGGAGUCGAUAAUUCCAGGGCCGGAGCAUGGCCUUGAUGAGCUUGAUAAUUAUGUCAGAGAUGAAGGCUUUUUGUUCUCUCGUUUAUAUGAAUGGAGAUUAAAUAUAAAGAAUGCCGGCAUUAAAGAAAGAUAUCUAACGGGAAAAGAGUUCUCGGUCGACUUCCCAAUGAUCAAUGAGAAUUUCAUCGGGUUAAGGAACAAGUUUGCCUAUUGCCAAGUUAUUGAUUCUAUUGCAAGCUCCGAAUGCGCAUUGCCUAAAUUCGGAAGUCUAGUUAAGUUCACUUUCGGUGAAGAAACUGGUAGGAUAUCCGGGUGUCAAGAAUUGAUUAAAGUGGAGCAUCAUGAGCUUGGUGAAAACCAGUUUUGUACAGGAUCAGUAUUUGUUCCAAGACCUGGUGGUUCUGAAGAAGAUGAUGGAUGGAUAAUUUUUCAUGUUCACAAUGAAGAAACCAACAUAUCUCAAGUUCAUAUAAUUGAUAGCAAGAGAUUUGAGAGCAAAUCAGUGUCUAAGAUAACACUGCCACAAAGAGUGCCUUAUGGAUUUCAUGCAACAUUCAUAAAAAUCAGCUUGAUUGCUUGA